AUGUCUUCCUUUGCCAUAUCCCAACCAACUUGGGUGGGCAAUGAGCCUUAUGCCCCUCCCUCAUCUCGCACUCGAUCGAAGCGCAAAUUAGCUGCAUCUCCUAGAACACAUUAUGCAGCAACAGCAACAGCAACGGUAUCCCAUCGACCCACGAAUACCAAUGCUAUACGAAAGCAUCCAAGCUAUAACGAUAAGGAUGGUCAUUUGAUCUUUUACGCCAAUACAUUUCUGGACAACCGAUACAAGACAAUCUCUAUCGUGGGCAAGGGGACGUAUGGUCAAGUCUUCAAGUGUUAUGACGUCGUUCUCGACAAGCUUUGUGCUAUCAAGGUGAUUCGUGCCAUACCUAAAUAUGUAGAAGCGAGUCGUAUCGAAAUCCGUAUCCUGCAGACUUUACGAGAACACGAUCCAUGCAAUCAAAAGAGAUGCAUUCAACUUCGUGCAAGCUUUCAUCAUGAUGAUCAUGUGUGCAUGGUAUUCGACUUGCUCAAGAUGUCCGUGUACGACUUUAUGAAACACAACCACUUUUUACCGUUUCCGCUGUACCAUAUUCGAUCCAUGGGUCUCCAAUUACUUUCAAGUGUUGCAUUUUUACAUAGGCAAAAGUUGAUUCAUACGGAUAUCAAGCCUGAAAACAUGAUGCUCAAGGAUACGAAUAGCAAACAGCAACCAUUGACUGUUUUUGACAACGAAGCCAAUCAGCCAGUGACCGUGCAGCGCCAAGUGCUUUUGGAUACGGAUAUGCAGCUCAUUGAUUUUGGAUCAGCCACUUUUGAAAAUGAAUACCAUUCCGCCAUUGUUUCCACACGCCACUAUCGAGCACCAGAAGUCAUUCUCAAUCUCGGUUGGUCUUAUCCUUGUGACAUCUGGUCGAUUGGCUGCGUCCUUUUUGAAUUAUGCAUUGGUGAACCUCUGUUCCAGACAAAGCAAGAUCAUCAACAUUUGGCUCUCAUGGAGAAAAUGAUCAGCCGUUUUCCUACCCACAUCAUGAGUCAUCCAAGGGCAAAGCGGUACUUUGACUCUAGGGGACUUGUGCGGACACCCGAUGAUGCUGACAUUGACGACAUUGAGACGAUACAAAUGGCCAAACCCCUUCAUUCUCAACUUCCACAACAAAACUCUUUGCCAUACAAGCAAUUUGCUGAUCUCUUGUAUAAAAUGCUCAAUGUUGAUCCCAAUACCCGCAUCACGGCCGAACAAGCCUUGCAACAUCCCUUCUUUACCCAGAAACCUGAACCCAGUUUUUGUCUUCGAUAA